AUGGUCACACGUUGUUUAUUUGGAUUAUUUGUUUUUGGAACAAAUUCAUCAGUUAUUUAUCGGUUUUUAACUGAUGAUUUAUAUGAAUAUUUAAGACAAUGUUUUAAAACUCGAGGUUAUAAACUUAAUGAGGAUCUUACAGAAGAUAAUCAAGUCAAUAAUAAUAAUGAUGAUGAACUUACGUUAUCAAUUGAUGAUGCUAUGUCCCAACAUUUAUCUGUGUUGAUUAGAGUUCAUGAACAAACAUCAUCACGUCAUGAUCCUAUUCGUCAAAUAAAACUUCAAUCAGGUAUACAAGUAUUUUUUGAUCAGUGGGAAAAUAGUGUAGUCUGUUCAAAUUUAUAUGAACUGAUUCGUUAUCUUGAUUCACAUACUGCUCAUGGUUUAUUUCCAUAUAAUAAAUUAAGUCCACAAGUUAAAUCUGUUGAAAAUAGUGCAGCUGUUCGACGAUAUUUUGAACAUGUUGGUCAUCCAUCACAUAUUUUAACAGAUAUAUUAAAUAAAGCAUAUGCAUUACAUAAAUCAUCAACAAAAACAAAUGUUAAUAACGAUGAAAGACAUCGAAAUGGUCUGCGUAUUCUUCGUUAUUUAACUGAAAUGAGUCGUUUAUCAACAGAUGCAUUUCGUCAUUUAUUUUUUGAUUCUGAUGAAUAUGCUCGUCGAAGUGGUAUUGAUACAGAUAAAGAUAAAGAAUCAGAUGUACAAAUGGAUGGGAUUGGUUUAAGUGAAACAAAACUUCGUAAAAAUGAAUAUGAUACUUCACCCAUGACAAAAAUACUUCGAAAAAAAAUUAUAUUACGAUUACAAGAUUGGUUUUCAUUUAUUGAAGUUAAAUCACAACGAAAUAUAACAAUGAAUUUUUGCCAUAAUGAAUUUCCUGGUCUUGUUCAUUUUGUUUUUGUUGAUCGUUUACGUGGAAAAAUUUGUACACCAACACUUAUUAUUGAUGAUUAUCAACGUCAGGCGUUAACAAAUACUCAUAUCAAUGAAUUUGAAUAUAUUUUAGAAAAAAAAAUAUUGGCAUUUGAAUUAGAGUGUCUUUCAGAACUUCAGCAUGGUUUCACAUCAUAUACAAUGUCUGAUGAACAUUUUACUUAUAGUUAUACAUUACGUUUACAAGAGAGUAAUAAAUUAACUGUAUUUAUGGCCUAUGCUCCACGUUAUAUUAUUAAAGAAUGUGUUCAAACAUGUACUUCAACAAAUGGUAUGUGGGGUGGUUCAUCUAUUGAAGUAAAUUGUUGUGCAUCAUCAUUAUGCAACAACGCAUCAGGACUAUAUUUUCAAUAUGCAUGGAAAAAUCGAUUUUUGUUUACAAUAAUUUCAAGUCUUUUUAUGACUCUUUUAUCCAUAAUAUAA